UUUACGAACCCGGAAAUCAACCGGAAGGGGCAGGAAUAUUUCGCGCCAAAUUGAAACAACAGAGCGGUGUGUCUGAGUGGUGCAAAAGACGCGCAGCAGAGACACGAACCAUCAGACACUACUGUGAACGUUUGAGUUGUUAUUUCUCGGUUAAGCUAACAUGGAGGAGGCCAACAAGCUAAUCGGUACGGGCAAGAAGCACCUGGUUAUGGGGAAAGUGGUGGAGGCGGUGAGCACCUUGCAGGAGGCCUGCGGCAUGCUAGCUAAAAAGUAUGGCGACACAGCAGACGAGUGCGGAGAGGCUUUCUUCUGGUGUGGUAAAGCGCUACUGGAUUUGGCACGGAUGGAGAACUCAGUCCUGGGUAAUGCUCUGGAAGGAGUACCGGAGGAGGAGGAAGAAAAACCCACGGAGUCCAAUGUUGACAGCACAGAAAACAUUGAUGAGAAGACCAGAGAUGAGCUGAGGGUUCAGGUGUAUGACGCCAUGGCAGAAAAGAGAAACGAAGACAUGAAGCAGAGCAAAGAUAAAGAAAAGAACGACGACAUAGAGAAGGCUGAGACUGAUGAGCAACAGGACACGGCAAAGAAAGACGAAGAUGAGGAAAACAAGACCAAUGUUGAUGGCAGCAAGGCUGGUAAUGAGCAACAGGACACUGCAAAGAAAGCGGAAAAUGAGGAAAAGAAAAGCAACGUUGAUGGAAGUAAAUGUGAUGAAAGUGAAGACAAGACGGAAAACGAUAAGGAGGCUGAGAAAGAAUCGGGAGAUGAGGAAGCAGAAGAUGAGGAGGAAGAUGAUGAAAUGGAGGGCGAUGCAGAAGACCAAGUUGAAGGAGAUGGCGCUGCUGAGAAGGACAGUGAGGAUGAGGAGGUGGGAAACCUGCAACUGGCCUGGGAGAUGUUGGAAGUAGCUAAAGUCAUCUACAAAAGGAAAGAGAAUAAGGAGGAUCAACUCAUGUCAGCCCAGACACACUUGAAACUGGGUGAAGUUUCUGCUGAAUCAGGAAAUUACACACAGGCUCUGGAGGAUUUCCAGGAGUGUCUGAAGCUUCAGGUGAAGCACUUGGACUCAGACAGCCGCCUACUUGCUGAGACACACUACCAGCUUGGUCUGACCUAUAGCUUAAAUCUUCAGUACAGCCCGGCCAUCAAGGAGCUGGAGAGUUCAAUCUCUGUCAUAAAGAGCAGGCUGGGUAAGCAGGGUUGGCCACUCCCUCUAACGUUCCCACUUUAUCUGGCAGGCAAACUGCAGGAGCUGCUAGACAAGGCUGAGGGCCCAGAGGCUCUGCCAGAUGAGAGGAAGGAGAUGGAAGAGCUGAAGGCUCUGCUGCCCGAAAUCCAGGAGAAGGUGGAGGAUGCCACAGAGGGUCUGAAAACAGUGGGCACAGCUGCUGAGGCUCUGAAGGGUGUACAGGAUGGAGGCUCUUCCUCUGCAUCCACUAUGCAGAAUGGUGACUCCUCAUCCAGUUCAAAGGUUAACAGCACAUCAACCAGCGGAGUCAGCUCUACCAAUGGACACGCCUCCACAGCUCCGGUCUCUGACAUCUCCCACCUCGUCAGAAAGAAGAGAAAACCAGAGGAGAGUCCAGUGAAAGAGGGCGAUGUUAAGAAGGUGAAGCCGGAUGCUGCUCAGACUAACGGAGUUCACUAAGCCAACGGACACAGUUAACAGUAUGGAAUCGGUGAUGCUGGACUCCUGCCUGCUUGUUUUCAUCCAUCCAAGAAGGGAUUCACAAACUGCCACUUCCUUCCAACUGUUGCUACACUUGUUUGCUUCUGUAAAUAUGUGUCUUUUUUCUACUUCUGUUAUGUUAGUGUGUUCACAUAUGUAACCUAUUAAAUUCAAUAAAGAAUAUUAUUUGAUAAA